UAGAGACCUAGGAAGGAUGGCCAGGAGAGGAGAUGGGGAGCACAUCCGGGCACUCCUGCCCCUUGCUGAUGGAGGCUCCUGGCAGCCAGACUCAAACCAGAUCCCAGGGAGGAGUCUGCAGGUGGGACUGCAGAUGGUUGAACACCCAGGCCCAAGGCGUCCGCAGAGGAGGCAGGAACGAGGAGGAGGUGAGGAAGACGAACACCGGAAUGAUUAAGAAGCUCAGGAACGUGGAGCAGGCAGCGGACGCGGCGCGUCUUGGGGACCAGUCAGUGGGGAGGCUGCUGGUGGUAAAAAGGAGAUUUUUCUUACUCUCGGACUUAGGUCGCCAGCUUCCCCGGCUGGAGGCGCCUACUGUAUCCUCUGCGUCGGGUUCGUCUUCUGCGGUUGUGCGAAGACACCGCGGCCGUGGCAGCCUCGGGGAAAACCACCUGGCAGGUCUGGACUGAGCCCAGGCGGUGGAACGUCCUGCAGGGACGUGCGGCAGGACCAGGCAGGUACCAAUCAGCAGGCUGAGGACGCUCCCGGGAGCGAAUCGAACUUUAAAGUCUCUACCAGCCGCCCGGCCUCCCGGGCUCCGGAGCUCAGGACCCAUGGCAUCUGCGGUGGGCGCUGCGCUGGUUCUCGCGGUCCUGGCUCAGCUCCCGCCUCUCUUUCUUUGCGCGGCGCCGGCCGGUUUGUCGCGGGAUGGAACUUUCGGCACUCACUCUCUUUGCUAUGACAUCACCAUCAAUUCCAAGCCCACACCUGGACAGCAGUGGUGUACAGUUCACGUCCAUGUGGAUCAGAAGAAUUUUCUCUCCUAUGACUGUGGCACGGACAAGGUCAUAUUCUUUGGAGCCCUGGGAGGAAAAGUGAAUGUCACAAUCACCUGGGAAGAGCACAACAAUAUGCUGAAAGAAAUGAGGGAUAUACUAAAACAGAAACUGGCUGACAUUAAAGCAGAAAAUCCCAUGGCCAAGGGUCUCAACACCCUGGAGGGCAGGAUGUCUUGUCAGCUUAAAUCCCAUGGAAGCACCAGCAGCUCCUGGCAGAUUGGCUUCAAUGGACAGAUGUGGCUCCACUUUAACUCACACAACAGAAGGUGGACAGAGGUUCAUCCUGGGUCUGACUGGAUGAAGAAAAUAUGGCAAAACGACAGGGAGGUGACCGAGUUCUUGCACAAGUCCUCAAAGGGUGACUGUAGAGCCUGGCUUGAGAAGUUCUUGGUGCAAAGGAAGACAGAGCUGGAGCCAACAGGAUCCUCAAGCAACAGCCCAAAAGCAGUCUUUCAUAAACUUAUAGCCAUCAAGUGUAUUUCCUUGGCACUUUCCUUGUGGAUCAUCGACCUCAUCUAACAACAUAUCCAACAGUCCUUCCUGACAGGUUGAAGAUGCUCCCAAGAAGCUUCUGGAAAUGUGAUUCAGUUAAGUGACUCUCCUGGUUGGUCAUCUGCCAGUCUACCACCUGCUAUUCCUCCAUAGAGCAAACAAAGAUUGAAUUGCAAAUCCAGAGGCCUCCAAGAUGUCAGUCAGACUUUCCCACACCACCUGGAGCUCUUCUGCUUAUUCAGGUCUAGGUGGGAUUUGGAAGAGACAGUGUAGUUCACUCGUGGGAACACCAUAAGCCCAUAGCCUAAUGGUAGAGUUGGACCAUCCUGACUGCUGCUUUCUCUCUCCUGUCCAUUGUAGCAAUGACACUCACCUUUCCUUUCACACCUUUGACCUUGGUCACCCCAGGAUCUGAUUAUCCCUAUGAAGAUCUUGUAACAUCAUCUUCAACUUCCAGCUCUUUUUUUUUU